AUGGAGUCGAGCCGAAGCGCCCCAAAAAUUGCAAUACACGGCCACAUAGCAAGACCUGGGGGGAAGUGCUCUGCGGUGGUGUACGAUACAGCCAACCACGAUUGGCAUGGAGUAGAAGUCGAAGUAACCUGUCGCGGGGCUGAAGAAAAGACGACGGAUAUAACGUGGCUAUCAUGCAUAAUUGAAGAACAUCUCAGACGUAGUUACGUUGACAUUAGGGAAGAUCCGGACCAUGAAUGGAGUGCGGAUGAGACAGACUGCCAGAACAACUCGUACACUAUUCGAAUAUGGCCGCGCAGUAGGGUGCUGUUUUACGGUCACAGAACCGACAUAUUCCAGCCCACAGCGUUGGACAUAAAAAGCACGCACCCAUUGGGUCACAGAGUUUACCGAUGCUCUUGGAAAGGUCAGGAAUGCGUGCUGAAGUACAUUGAAACCGAUACCGAUGCGGGUGCGAUUGAGCUCGAAAUCGAAAAACGAAAAGAUCUUAUAAACAAGGCACAGAUACCAGUGAACCAAGUCAAUUCGGAAAUGUCCAGACGCUUCUGUCUCGUUCCCAUUCUCGCCGUUGUUGUGGCCGAUUGGCAACCCAGAAAACCCAACACAGUUGUGGGCAUCCUCAUGCCUUAUGCCGGCGAGGAUUUGGGUAUCUUGGCAAAGAAUAGUGGAGGCAACCUACCCAUUACACUUCAACAACUUCAAGACCUAGUCCGAGGCGUUCGAGAGCUUCGGAAGUACGACCUUUUCCAGGGUGACAUAAGGCCGUGGAACACGCUCCUUCAGCCUUCAACAACGGCUUCCAAGCCGCGUCUAAUGCUCAUCGACAUCGACAUGGAGCUCCCAGGAUAUCCUGGAGAUGCAAAGGCAUUAGGGAAACUACUGCGGUGGUGUCUCGAAAACUCGAUGGCAUUGAGUGAAGAUAAACAAGCUAAAGUAAAGCUUAUUAAUGCCGUGAAAGCGCUCUUAAGUGAAAAUUUCGACAUGGCCAUUGACUGCCUAUCUGCGACAGAGCAGUCUAUGCGACGAGGCCCCCCCUUCUACUGUAUCUAG